UGAAUCGCUGUUUUAUUUUUGUGGGAUCAAAAUGCUCUUUAAAUAUGUAGGAUCCCUAAUUAUUAAUUAUUCUUUAUAAUCUGAUCAUGGCGGACAGAGUUUGCUCUGGAUGUCAAUUUGGCGUGAGUGAGAUAAUAAAAAUAUGUGGAGGCACAGACAGUGAUAAAGGAACAAAAUGCAUUUCACUGAAGUUAACUCUAGAUCCUAGUAUAAUUUACAUUUAACAACACAAUACAAUAACACAGUUGUGUGCUUUUGGCCUGUGGCUCACCAGUCAUUUUCAGUUGUUGCCUUCCAAGGGAAAAGGUUUGGGCAGCCCUGCCCGAGAUGAUUCAACCUUAACUUUACUGUCCCCCAAAGAGACGUUUGUCUUGCAGUUAAACACACAAACUUGAACAUAUGAAUUAUAUUUAAAAAAUGAAUCAAUAACAGCGUGAACAUGACCCCGGUGUCUUCAGGUUCGUCAUUCCAUAAAAUGUGCAUUUCUUUUCUUUUAAUUAUCUGAUCAAUAAAUACAUAAAAAAGAUUCCAUUAUUACCAGACAUUCAAUGUUUGCAUCGUGUUACAGACAAACCACUUUUAUUAAUUAUCACAAUUUUAUGCAGAAUGUAUCAUGUCAUGGUGAGUUUCACACAUAAAGAUGUUCCUUAUUCAUCAUAUAUGAGCAGUAAACAUUUAAUAAAUGGUUUAUAACACACUAUAAUAUAAGUGUUUAUUAAUGUAUUUGUUAACAACUAUAACUCCUCCUGUGGACACCCAGUAUGAAGAGAAUGAAUGACAAUAUAGUGAAAUGCUGUUGUAAUGAUUUGAAAUAUGUCUUCACAGGAGAAGUUAUAAUUGUGGUCAAAUAAAGUGUUAACUGUCCUCACAAUGACAUUACAGUGAGUUAUAUAGUAUUAAGUAAAUGUUUGUAAGCUGCUUAUAAAUGCUAAAUGACCUAAAGGUAAAUGUUGCCGUUACAAAAAAUAAUUACUAAAAGCGGAGAAGAUGAAAACAAAUGUGAAUUAAAACUGUUAAACUCUGUGAUGAAUUAGCACGUACCCUCAAAGAGUCUCGUCAGCUCCACCACUGACCUAGAACAAAAAGCUUUGUUCACAGAGCGCAGUGAGGCAGAGCCUGAGACAUGUGUGGAAUGUGUGUGUGUGCCACAGCAGCAGCUCCACUCUGUAAUACGGCUUUGUGUUUAUGGAUGUUUUGUGUCUCAGGGAUUGGCAGGGACACGGCUCUGGCUCUGGCACGCUGCGGGGCAAAGGUCACAGCGGUCACACGCACGCAGGCCGACCUCAACACUCUGGUGCAGGAGUGUGCGUCCAUCACCCCGGUGUGUGUGGACUUGGCAGACUGGGGGGCCACGGAGGCGGCUCUGCAGGACGUCGGUUCCAUCGAUCUGCUGGUGAAUAACGCUGCCUGUGCCAGUCUGCAGCCGUUUCUGGAGGUCACGCCCGACCAGUUUGACCAGUCAUUCAACGUGAAUGUGAAAGCUGUGUUGCAUGUCUCCCAGAUAGUGGCCCGUGGUAUGAAGGCAAGAGAAUCAGGAGGCUCCAUCGUUAACGUGUCCAGCCAGGCCUCGCAGUGUGCCCUCAGAGACCACACUGUCUACUGUGCCAGUAAAGGAGCCCUGGACAUGCUGACUAAAGUGAUGGCCUUAGAGCUGGGACCCGACCAGAUCCGUGUGAACAGUGUGAACCCCACAGUGGUGAUGACUGAUAUGGGUCGCCAGGGCUGGAGCGACCCAGAAAAAGCCAAGACCAUGCUGUCCCGCAUCCCCCUAGGCCGCUUCGCAGAGGUGGAGGACGUGGUGAACACCAUCUUAUUCCUGCUGAGUGACAAAAGCAACAUGACUAACGGAGUCACUCUGCUGGUGGACGGAGGCUUCCUGGCCUGCUGACCAGCACGAGCCUCGUCCCAGCACACGGCUUCCUGUGUUACCACAUCACUGCAUUAUACAAAGAGAGGUCAACUCUGUUCAUUAAUUAAACUCACCCACUUAUCCUCUCACUUGUCUCUGUUAUUUGUGCUUAUUUAUGUGUAUUGGAGCAUGUUUCUUUGCUAUUUGUGUGAAUGAGUAUUAUUGGUAAGUCUAAUAAUGAUGUAGGGCUUUAUUUAACAUCACAUGCGCUACUUUACACAGAUGAUACAGUCGUAAUGGCCGAGGCAUCAGCAGAUUUCUGUGUCAUUGAAAAUGUGGUAUUUAAUUGUUAUACUAGUAAAGUAGAACAGAACAAGACAACACUCUAAAGUUACAAAUGAUAGAGUCACAUGAUCAAUAGCAACAAAAACUAUGUUGAUCUUCUUUCCAAUAGUUUUAUUUUGUUUUCAGGGAAAUCACGCCAAUACGUUGGGAACCAGUAAAAAUGAGAUUGAGUUUAAUAAAUCCAUCUGUAAUUUGUUAUCCUCGGAGGGAGCUGGGGCCGAUCCCAGCUAACCGUUGUGUGCGUGAUACAUUUUAAAGUGGUUUAAAAGGUGGUGUCCAAAAUUAGUCUUUCAAUCCAGAAUACAUUGAAUCUCUGUUAAAGAUGUAAAUAUUCAGCACCAGCUGGCAGCUGCUAAUAAUAAUAACUCUCUGGAUUUAUCAAUUAAGUUAAAUUCAUUGAUAUUGUAAAGUCUGUUACAAUUCCCUCUGGUCCCAUGUUAUGUCUUCAAGUAGCUCAUUUUAUCUAAGGUCACAUGAGCAAAAGAAGAGUAGCAAACCUCCCAUUAGAUGAAACCACAGAAUGUUUGAAACAUUGAUUGGUAACGUCAAGUGAGCGCAGUGCGCAGAGCGGAGCAGCUAGUACCAAAGCACAGAGGGCCAUGACUCCUCCAUACAGAGCUACAGGGCCAUGACUCUAUACAGAGCUACAGGGCC